AUGCGCUGUGGGAUGGCGCCAGAAACUGUAAAUCACACUUUAUUUGAGUGUCCGCCGGCUUUACAAGUUUGGGCAUUAUCUCCGAUCCCAACGGCUCCAGCUCACUUUCCAACAGGAGGUCUGUUUACCAAUAUGACACAAUUGUUUUGGCACUUGCCAAAUGAUGAAAGGAUGAAGAUGUACCCUUGGUUGAUUUGGUAUAUUUGGAAAGCCCGAAAUGACAAAGUUAUGGCCAAUGUGGAUUGGGACCCAAAUAAGAUAGUCGUUAAAGCAGAAGCGGAGUCCAUAGCAUGGACAAAGGCCCAGGAACGUCUAGAGACGACGGUUUACCCCCACACAGAAACCCAUGUGGAAUUAUCGGCGUCAGGUGACAUAUGUCAGGUGGAUGGGGCUUGGAAGGAAACAGAUUGUCGUGCUGGCCUAGGAUUGUAUUAUUUCAACACGAACACUCUUGAAAAACUUAUGGGAACGUGUAAUCUGAGGCGGGGAAUAUCACCACUUCAGACAGAGUUGGAGGCUCUCAUUUGGGCUAUGCAAUGUAUGCUAAGGAAUAAUAAAUUAAUAAUAGUGUUCCAGACGGACUGUUCCGAUGUGGUGAAAUGGUGUCUAAACCAGAGGAGUGGCCGGCUUUUUCACUACUACUUGAGGAGCUCGAUCGAGUUCACCAACUUGACCGGUUGGCCGAGUAGAUGGUCGAGCUGGUCUUCAAGGUGGCUUCCUCCUUCUUCCUUUGCGUAUCCAGUUGAGCUGCGUCCAUGCACCAAGUCCUUCCAUGCUCCUCACGUCUCAUAUGCUCCAGAAUGCUCCAAAAGACCUAUUUCAAAGGACCAAACAUGCAUAUGUAUGCAAAUGCAACCUAAACUACUAUGA